AUGGGUCGGGGAACCUUACGAAUAGAAUACGGAUUCGCGCAUGCAGCCACUACUGUAAGUAGAUUCUCACUAGAUUUUAUCCGUGUUGCAUCACAGGGAGACCUAAAAGCUCAGGCAAUUGGACUUCAUGGCCGACUAAGCUCACCCAUGCCGUAG